AUGAAAAGCCAAGAAAAUUACAUUUAUGAAGAUUAGUAAUAAAGCUAAUAAGAUGAUAAAAGUAUAAAUCUAGCGUUUAAAAAAUAUCAAAAGAAAGGCGCAACAAAUCCAUGGAAGAUCAUAAUGUAUUAUAAGAGUAAUUGCAUAACAGACUAUGGUAUAGAGAUUAUGAAGAAAUACAUUUAUGAAAAUGAAAAGCUCUCUCUUUUAAUUUUAGAUUUUGAGGAAAAUAAAAUUACUUAGACAGGAUUAAAAAUGUUGUUAUAGCUUCCAAAGCACUUAAAAAAUCUUAAGAGAUACUUCCUAUCUUUAAAAUCAAAUAAAUUCGAAUUUGGCAAACUAUGUUCAAACUCUAAUGACUAGUAAAAAUAAUUUAAUAAUGAUUAAAAAACUAAUCUUUAAGCUCUACAGUUUGAUUUUAGCUAGAAUAAGCUUGAUACUAAAUCAAUUAAAUAUGUUUGUUAGUUAAUUAAAAGCUCUCCUUAACUAAAAGAAAUCUCUCUAAGCAUGGAAGAUACAGAUUUAUCGUAUUAGAAGACUGAUGUUUUUAAAAAUGAAGUUUUUUUUCCUUAGUAAUUAGAAAUAAUUGAGCUAAUAUUUGGUUUAAAUAAUUUGACAGGAGAUGGAAUAUAAAAUAUAUGUAACCCUUUUAAGGCAUGUUAAGAAUUAAAAUAAAUACAUUUAGAUCUACAUCACAAUAUAAUUGGUGAUGAUGGAAUAAGAUACUUAUUUUCCUACUUAUCAUAACUUUAAAAUCUUUCUUAGCUCAAAGUUAACUUAGAAAAUAAUAUGAUCACAAAUAGAGGAGCUAAUAUUAUUGGAAAACUUUUAGAAGAACAAAGUAGUUUAUUACAUGUUGAUAUAAUUUUGAGGAAUAACUUGAUAGAUUAUAGUGGUGCUAAGAUUUUGAGCAAAUCAAUCAAAUUAAAUAAAAAAAUAAGAUUUAUAUAAUUAAACCUAAGUGACUUCAACAUAAGUAAGCAGGAGAAAAUAUAAUUAUCAAUGCUGAUUUCAAAAUCUCAAAGACUUAUUUAUUCCCCAAAAAUAUUUUUACAAUACAUUUGA